AUGAAUAAGUGGUGUAGCAUACUUGUACACUUAUCCAGUGACCCUUAUUUUUCCAGAAAUUCGAUAAAUCUUGGCCAUAUAAUCGAUGUAUUGCUGAGAGAUUACGAUAUACACUUGUUGCCCGAAGCAAACGGAGUUAACGUCACCAUUGAAUUGCAUGUUCAGGGAGUAACAGGAAUUUCUGAAAUCACGGGUGAUUUCGAAUUAGAUAUAAUGUACAGUGAAAUUUGGCAAGAUCUGCGCCUCAGUUUCAAGGAUCUCAGCGUAUGUGCAACAAAUAUCACUUUGAAAAGUGAUUUCCGCAAAAAAAUUUGGACGCCAGACACGUGCAUCAUUAAUAGCAAAAAUGCUGCUAUACAUUCAUCACCAUCAGAAAAUACUUUUAUCAUUUUAUAUGAACAUGGAUUGCUUUGGAAUAACUUCAGGCUCAAGGUAAAAGCUCCAUGCAAAAUGGAUUUAAAAAUGUUUCCAUUUGAUUCGAUUCAGUGUCAACUUGUCUUUGAGAGUUAUUCAUUCAACACUGAUGAAGUGCGAUUAUUUUGGCAUGAUACACCAGUAACAUUGAUGGAAAAAGUUGAAUUACCAGAUUUCGAUUUGACUGGUUGGAGCACUGAUCAUCAACGUGUUGAUUAUCCAAAUGGUGAAUGGGAUCGUGCUUUAGUUAAAUUUACAUUUGCUCGUCGUUAUGGGUUUUAUUUAUUCCAAUCGUAUUUUCCCACUUCACUCACAGUUAUCAGUUCAUGGGUCGGUUUUUUCUUCGAUGUUCGAUCAGUUUCGGCGCGGAUAACACUUGGUGUAUCGUCAUUACUUGCAUUAACGUUCCAGUUUGGCAAUGUACUUCGUCAUUUACCAAGAGUCAGCUAUAUCAAAUGCCUUGACGUUUGGAUGAUUUUUUCGGUUAUAUUUAUAUUUGGCACACUUGUGGAAUUGGCAAUUGUUUGUCAGUUAAACAGAUGGGAACGUGAGAGACAAAUUGGGUCAAAAGUUUUGGGGCAUUGGCUAAACCAAACCAGUUCUAAUGCUAACAAGUGCGGUGAAUGA